AUGUUGGAGAAACCCGCCCGGCUGCCUGUUCGGCAGCUGGUCAUUCUCUCAAUAUGUCGCUUCGCAGAGCCGGUCGUCUUGACCUCCGUCCUUCCCUACCUGCCCGAAAUGAUCGACCAUGUCGGCGUCCCCAAAUCCGAAAUCGCCAAAUGGGUCGGCAUCACCACCGCCGUGACCUCUCUCUCGCAGGCCCUCAUGGCCGUCACUUGGGGCACUCUCUCCGACACUCUCGGCCGCAAACCCAUCAUCCUAGUCGGGCUCACCUGCACCAUGGUCUUCUCGCUUCUAUUCGGCUUCUCCUCGUCCCUCUCCAUGCUAGUCAUCUCCCGCGCCCUGCUCGGGCUCAUGAACGGCAACGUGGGCAUCAUCCGCACCAUGGUCGCGGAAAUGGUGCCCCAGAAGGAACUUCAGCCCCGCGCGUUUAGUAUCAUGCCGCUGGUGUGGACGAUCGGGAGUAUUUUUGGUCCGGCGUUUGGGGGCGCGUUGGCGAGGCCCGCGGAGAAGCAUCCAGGGUUGUUUGGGGGGUCAGAGUUCCUCAGGAAGUGGCCGUUUGCGUUGCCGAAUAUUGCUUCCGCGGUUUUCUUUGUUGUUGGGAUUGCGACGGGGUGGUUGUUCUUGCAUGAAACGCUCGCUGCGAAGAAAAAUCAUCGCGACUAUGGAUUGGUUGUCGGCGAGGCAUUGACUAGCUCGUGUACUUCUUCUCGGAAGAAGAAGUCAUCAGAGUCUCACGCUUCAGAUGCAGAACGACAAUCCCUUCUACCACCAAACACUACCCGUUCAGCGACAGCAACAGCAGCAAAGAAAUCCAAACCAACCUGGAGCGAGAUCUUCACUCCCCAAUCCCGACUCGUCCUGCUCGCUUACGCCCUCAUGUCCAUGCACGCUAUGGCCUUCGAUUCCGUCCUCCCUGUCUUCCUGCAUAGCCCGGAACAGCAAUACGAGGGUAACCCGGACGUGAAACUCCCCUUCAAAUUCACUGGUGGAUUCGGCGUCGACUCCCAAACUAUCGGCAUCUACUACACCCUCGAAGGCAUCCUCGGCAUGUUCAUCCAAUUCCUCAUCUUCCCCUGGGCGGCCCAAACCUUCGGCGUGCUCAACUGCCUAAAAGCCGUGGCCAGCGUGUUCCCGGUCAUCUACCUGCUCACGCCAUUCACAGUGCUUCUUCCCGUCCCGUGGCUGCGCACCGUGGCGAUUUUCUGCCUCAUGUUGGGGAAAUUGUCCGCCUCGAUCUUCGGCUUUCCGUGCACCACUAUCCUGUUGACAAAUUCAGCGAGUAGCUUGAGCGUCCUGGGGACGUUGAAUGGGGUCGGCACGAGUGUGAGUGCCGUGGGGAGGGCAGUAGGACCGGCGAUUAUUGGGGGGGCGUACUCGUGGGGAGUGAAGAGGGGGUGGGGGAUUGUGCCGUGGUGGGUGCUGGGUGUGUUUGGAAUGUUGAGUGCGGUGCCGGUGGGGUGGAUGGGGGAAGAGAAUCGGUUGCAGGCUGCAGAGGAGUCCACAACCACCAAAACAGCCCUCCUCCUCACCCUCCUCACCUCCAUCGGCGGCAUAACCGGCUACCUGCGCGCGCGCUCCCUCCCCUCGCUGAUCGCUGGCCUCUCCGUCUCCUUCCUCUACCUCCUCUCGUAUCUCCGUCUACGCGCGAACCAGCCCUACGGUGCAGAGAUCGGUCUCUUGGCGUCCCUUGUCCUGGGUGGUGCGUCGAUCCCCAGAGCCAUUAAGACGGGGAAGGGCGUGCCCAUGGGUCUGGGGGUUUUGGCGGUUGUCGGGGCUGUGGUUUUUGGGAAUGCGGUGGUUAAUAAUUAG